CCAACAUCUGGUGCCCGAGUUCACCGAACAAAUUCUGCUGCAGCCAUGGCGGCCUCCACUGCGGCCAGGAAGCAGAGAAUUCCCAAAGUGGCCAAGGUGAAAAACAAAGCCCCAGCUGAGGUACAGAUCACUGCAGAACAGCUUUUAAGGGAAGCUAAAGAAAGAGAACUUGAUCUUCUUCCACCUCCACCUCAACAGAAGAUCACAGAUGAAGAAGAGUUCAAUGAUUACAAACUAAGGAAAAGGAAGACUUUUAAAGAUAACAUAAGAAAAAACAGGACUGUGAUUAGUAACUGGAUAAAAUAUGCACAAUGGGAAGAGAGUCUAAAGGAGAUUCAAAGGGCUCGAUCCAUAUAUGAACGUGCUUUAGAUGUGGACUAUCGAAAUAUUACACUCUGGCUGAAAUAUGCGGAAAUGGAAAUGAAGAAUCACCAGGUCAACCAUGCCCGAAAUAUCUGGGACCGGGCCAUAACAACUCUGCCCCGAGUCAACCAGUUCUGGUACAAAUACAUACACUCCCACAUCAACUUUGAGCUGCGAUACAAAGAAGUGGAUCGGGCCCGCACCAUUUAUGAGAGAUUUGUACUUGUGUACCCUGAUGUUAAGAACUGGAUCAAGUAUGCCCGCUUUGAAGAAAAACAUGGUUAUUUUGCCCAUGCACGUAAAGUGUAUGAGAGGGCUGUGGAAUUCUUUGGAGAUGAACAUAUGGAUGAACGCCUUUAUGUUGCCUUUGCCAAAUUUGAAGAAAAUCAGAAAGAAUCUGAAAGGGUACGAGUGAUUUACAAGUAUGCCCUGGAUAGAAUUUCAAAAUGAGAGGCCCAAGAGCUCUUUAAAAAUUAUACCAUCUUUGAGAAGAAGUUUGGUGAUAGGCGGGGUAUUGAAGACAUCACUGUGAGCAAACGGAAGGUUACGUAUGAAGAAGAAGUGAAGGCUAAUCCACACAAUUAUGAUGCCUGGUUUGAUUACCUGCGCUUGGUGGAAAGUGAUACAGAAGCAGAAACUGUACGAAAAGUCUAUGAAAGAGCUAUUGCCAAUGUCCCACCCAUUCAGGAGAAGAGACAUUGGAAGCAUUACAUCUAUCUUUGGGUCAACUAUGCCCUCUAUGAAGAACUGGAGGCAAAGGAUCCUGAAAGGACAAGACAGGUGUAUCAAGCCUCUUUGGAACUAAUUCCUCAUAAAAAGUUCACAUUUGCCAAAAUGUGGCUACUAUAUGCACAAUUUGAAAUAAGACAGAAAAAUUUACCAUUUGCCCGGAGAGCUUUGGGGACUUCCACAGGCAAAUGUCCAAAGAACAAGUUAUUUAAAGGUUACAUAGAAUUGGAGCUACAGCUUCGAGAAUUUGACAGGUGCCGGAAGCUUUAUGAAAAGUUCCUGGAAUUUGGACCUGAAAAUUGUACCUCUUGGAUUAAAUUUGCAGAAUUAGAAACAAUCCUUGGCGAUAUUGAGAGAGCCCAUGCAAUCUACGAGUUAGCCAUCAGCCAGCCACGCUUAGACAUGCCAGAGGUGCUCUGGAAAUCAUACAUUGAUUUUGAAAGUGAGCAGGAAGAAACUGAAAGAACACGCAAUCUUUACCGACGAUUGCUUCAAUGGACACAACAUGCCAAGGUAUGGAUCAGUUUUGCACAGUUGGAGUUGUCUUCAGGGAAAGGAGAGUUGCCGAAAUGCAGACAGAUUUAUGAAGAGGCUAACAAAACCAUGCGAAACUGUGAGGAAAAGGAAGAGAGACUUAUGUUGCUGGAAUCUUGGAGAAACUUUGAAGAUGAUUUUAGAACUACGUCAGGUAAAGAAAGAGUAGACAAAUGCAUGCCAAAGAAAGUCAAAAAGAGAAGAAAGGUCCAGGCGGAUGAUGGGUCUGAUGCAGGCUGGGAAGAAUACUAUGAUUACAUCUUUCCGGAAGAUGCUGCCAACCAACCGCAUCUCAAGCUCCUGGCCAUGGCCAAACUUUGGAAGAAACAGCAACAGGAAAAGGAGGCUGUCGAGCAAGACCCAGAUAAGGACAUUGAUGAGAGUGAAUCCUGAUCUUGUUCAUACUCAUGUUUUAUUAUUUUUAUAAAUUAAGUUUGGAAC